AAUGUGUUUACGUCAACGAAUAUUCUGUGUAGGAAAAAAAUGUGAAGUGAAAAACAAACAUAAUUGAUUUAUUUAGUUUUAAUCUACAAUGAAUGUUCUUGCAAUACAAUAAAAAUGGUAUAUAGUCUCUUCAGUAUUCAUUGAUAACUGAAAUGUUCACGAAGAGAAAUCUCGUCGAUAUAAAAAAAUCAACAGCCAAGCUCCAAGACCCCAAAAAAGACGUAGCGACUAGAGUGAAGCAUUUGAAAAUAAUAUUAGAAAAUGUCGAUACAUCCGAAGCCAAAGGGUUUUUCGAAGCCAAUUUUAGUCAUAUUUACAACAUCCUGUACGAGAGUUUCGUCCAAACAGAAACGAAUUUGAGACAACGUGAGCUGUCAUUUCAUCUCGUGCACAAGGCUCACAAGGAAGAACUGGAAGGGACCCUUUGGAUUUUAGAGCAAGUUCUCUGCCUCAUACCCGAACUCAUACACAGAAGAUGGCAGUUACAUUCCCUGAGCAGGUUGCUGGUGAAGCUGCUGCAUUUCGGAAAUUCCAUAAAGCUCAGAAGACAAGGCAUAAGAUUCUUUUUGAUGUGGUACCAAGCUUUGAAUGACAACGCGCCCGAAUAUGUUCACAAUAUGUUUGGGGCUCUGGUGCCCGGGUUCGGUAACCAAAAUGUAUUCCAAUCGCAGAAUAGCGGCAGCGUUUUCCACGAUACCAGCUCACAAUUUCCGAUUACCGCGACCGAAUUACUGCCGAUUUUGCCGCCUUCGAGCGGCGAAAGACCACCCGAUCAUUCCAGCAAAUUUUACUUAGAGGCUCUACUGGAGUAUAUGGUUCAUACGGUUGUGAAGUUAGAAUGGCAAGACAAAACCGCCCACCAUCACAGGUGUUUCAGUUUCUUGCUGGAAAAAUUCAAAUUGUACUACGUACCUAAAAUUUGCCCCAACUUUUGCAAAGAAUCGUCCCUGUACGCGCCUAAUUUGGAUCUGCCUACGUUGAGGAAACCGGAAAGCGACAACGAAUACGUACAUUGCAGGGUAAUUUUGAUCCUGUGGGCCAUAAACUACUUGCAUCAGACGAAAAGGGGCCACGACAACCGCGAUUCGGCCUCGAUUCCUUCCGUACAACACGCACAGUCACCGUCUCAGUAUUCCCAACAUUCCCACGACUCCCACGAGGAGGACACCCAACACGAUUCCUCCCAUCCUAGCUUAGACUCUUCUCUUUCGAUUCAAACGAGCCGGGCGACAUCGGACGAAGAACUGGCCCCGCAAAUCGUGCGCGAGGUGUUCUACAGCAACAGGGACAACGUGAACUUCGUGCACGAACUGUACAGGCAGGCGUUCCUGUUGAGUUUCGCGCACGUGCCGGCCAUCAGGAAGGUGAUCGGUUUGUACAAAGAUCUGAUCCAAUUGAACGUGCUCGAAUUGCCCCCGUACGCGUUGGAAUCGCCCGAGGAGACCGCUCGCGACGAAGACGCCGCCGAGGGCGACGCCCGGCCGACGUCCAGACUGCGAACCGACUCCUAUAUCGGGGCGAUACUCAAGGAGAAUCUGCUAGUUAGAGCCGGAACACAGAAUUUGUACCAAGUCUUUAUGACUAACGCAGCGAACGUUUUUCUCGUUGAAAUAAACUCGAACAUUCCGAGAAUGCUGGAAGAGCAGACGGACGCUUGUAAAAGGGUGUUGAACGUCUAUCGAUACAUGGUGAUGAAUACGAGGAUGGACAGUAACACUUGGGAACAAUUGUUAUUGGUGCUCCUUCAAAUCACGUCGCUGGUGCUCGGCGAGAAUCCCCCGAAGAAAAAGGCUAGUACGCUAGGCGGGAAACUGGCUCCGGCGAUAUUCCAGACGUUGAUAGUCACCUGGAUAAAAGCCAAUUUGAACGUAUUGAUAUCCAGAGAACUGUGGGACCGUUUCUUGCACGUUUUAACCACCCUAACCGUUUGGGAGGAACUAAUCAAAGAAUGGGCGAAAACCAUGGAGACGCUCACGAGAGUCCUAGCGCGACACGUCUACAAUUUGGACCUGACCAAUCUGCCGUUGGACCGAUUGAACGAGUGCAGAUCGAAGAGGAGCCGCCGGCCCGCGAUCCGAUCGGAGAUCAACGCGACGUGCGGCGUCGCCGAAACGACGCAUCGAACCGUCUCCCGACAGGAUUCGAUGUUGCCCGAUCACCAUUCGUCGUCCAGACGCACUCGAACGACGUUGACGAGGAGCUACAGCGACAACGAUUUGUCUGCGAAGAGACGAUCGGCGCAAAUCAAGCGCAGGAAUUUGAGUAGAAGGCGAUCGAAAUCGUUGGAAACGGUUUGCCCGGUGCCCGAUACGGAGUCGACCGAUCGCACGCGUUCGCCCAGUCCGGCGCCCUCCAGCGGCAUCGAAACGAAUUCCAUCAAGGAUUCCCCGAUGCAAUUGGACGUGCUGUCGGCCGAGCAGCACGGCUCGGAGCCGUCCGGCGAGAACCGGGGCGUCAUCUGCGGGGGCUCGGUGAGAGGCUGGUUGCCCGACGUCGCCGUCAUACUGUGGAAGAGAAUGCUAGGCGCUUUGGGCGACGUGAACGGCAUCGCGGAUCCGGCGCUGCACGCGCAAGUGUUCGAAUACCUGGUGAAGUUGACGGAGACGCUGAUUAGGAUCGGUCGCAAUCAGGGGGUGUCCUGCGACAACAUGAGCACGCCCCAACCGCCCGAAUUGGUGCCGCCAUUGGCGCUGGUGUUGCCUUGGUGUUUCGGGGCUUUGGUGUUGCCCGGCGUCUACGAGGCGGGGAAACUGAACGCCCUGAGGCUCAUUUGUACUAUAACCGUUAACUGUGAUAACAAACACUUGACUUGUCUGCCGGAAAUUUACAGAUUCUUGCAUAUAGCUUUAACUGGUAGUUCGAAGCUGGUGAUCAACACGUGUCUGAAGUAUCUGGGGCCGCGUUUCUUCUCGCUGCAGCUGCCCGGCGCUUCGUUGUUGCUGUUGGACUUCAUCAACGCCUGCAACGUGACGUUGAACAACGUGGAAAAGCUGGAGUUGUCGCCGAGAACGGAGGCCGUAUCGUUGCUGGCGAAUUUGCUCGCGCAAAGCGAGAAUUUGAACGCGAUAUCCGUACUGCAACCCGAUUCCGAAAUGCGCGUUAUAACUUGUCCCGAUAUCAAGGAACAUAUAGUCAACAUUCUUCUACGCGCCGGUAGAAGGGAACCUAAAGGCAAAGCGCGAUGCAUAGCCCUAUCCGCUCUAGGUAUAUUCGUCUAUAGGGAAUUAAAUAACGAAACUUUCCACGCCAAACUAAUCGACGCCCUUAGCGUAGUACUGCUAGCUUUAAAAUUCAACAACAAAAUAAUAGCCCAAUCGGCCAGCAACGUGCUGUUUUUAUUAUGCGACUUCGCGCCGUUGCUGUGGAGCCGCUACCCUCGAUUGGGCAAUUCGGUGAUAUCCACGCUGUGCUCGGCCCUGUUUCUGCACGCCCCGUUGGGCUCCACCGCCGGCGAGAGCGACAAGGCCCUCGGUACGGCGCUGCUCUUUUGCCUCGGCGAGUGGUGCAUGAAGUUAGGACCGGAACGGUUGCUGGAGGUGUCCGAAUACGGCGACAGCAGAGGCAGUUGCCUCUUACUGCAAGUGUUUACGGUGCUGCACAAAAUCACGUUGGGCAAGGCGUCGGCGGAGCACCCGGGCGGGCUGUCGCAGCCGAGCAUCGACGAGGACUUCGAUCCGAACAUCCUCUUCGACGAUCUGGAGCUGUCGGCGAACAUGUCGUCGUCGUCGAAGAGCAACCAAUGCCAGGAGGCGAUCAAGCUGUGCGCCCGCACGAUCCUCACCCAUCUGGUCACCUACUUGGGGCACUUUCCCAUGGCCAUCGGCGCCACCAGGUUGAGUUCGCUCGUCUCCGAGCACGACGACGUGCCCCAUCUCACCUCCGACGAUCUAUCUUCGAGCAUUUUCUCCGCUUCGAACAUACAAUUGUUUAUAUUGUCUAAAAACAUCAUCGCUAGUCUCGUGGAGUUGCCGGCGUUGAAAUUGCCCGGCGGAGGAGUGACUGCCGGUUUAUCGGCGGCCGAUAAACAGGUGCGGGUGAUCUUGAGAGACUUGUCGGGGAAGUCCAGUUGGGACGCUUCGGUGCUAUACGGGAACCCGGAGAUGCUAGUACCCCAACCGGAAAUACACGAUAGAAAGACGCGAGACGAUAAUACCCAGAACCCCGUUCAACCGGAAAGCCUAAUGGUGACGCCUAAUUCGUGUACACUACCACAGAGGGCGUUCAGGCACAGGCCGCCCGGUGUGUUACCGGACGUUUCUAACGCAGCGCCCGAUUUGGAUCAAUUGGACGACUUGCUGCAAUAUUUGGGUCACACCAGCCCCGAAUGCCUGGAGAACGUGAAUCAGAAAUUGAACGAACCGGCCGCCCCGCCGAUGUCUGACGAUCUGGAGAACGAAGCGAUCGCUUCGGUUAUCAGCCAGAGGAGCGUGGAGUUCGAAGAAAGUAGACGUUGGCAGCAAUUCGAGCCGGUGUUGAGGCAAACGGUCGAGAAGCCGAGCAGUCGAUUGGACGAGAAUUGGCCUUCGUACGGAAACGCUUCCGUCCAACAAAAUAUGACCGGAGCUUCGGAACAAAACGCAUUCCAACAUUGCCGUUUGUUCUUUUCGCAAAUGGGACUGGCCGGAUGGGAGCGCAGGCAACAAUUGCACUUACUCGACAAAACCGAACGGUUACUGAGAGAACUGAGGAAUCUGGAUAACCAGAGUUGCCGGGAAACGCACAAGUUCGCCGUCAUCUACGUGGCGCCCGGGCAAGAGGACAAGAAUUCGGUGUUGUCGAACCGAGGGGGCAGCGUCGCCUACGAGGAGUUCCUGGCGGCGCUGGCGUGGGAGAUCGAACUGGAGGGGCACACGGGAUUCUUGGGGGGCUUGCAGAGGCAGGGCUCGACCGGGCUGACGGCCCCUUACGUGGCGACCAGUUUCCUCGAGGCGAUCUUCCACGUGGCCACCAGGAUGCCCGGCGACACGCCGGAGGCCGUACUUAAUAAGAUAAGACAUUUAGGAAAUGAUGAGGUUCACAUCGUGUGGUCGGAGCACUACAGGGACUACAGGCGUGACAUCAUUCCCACCGAGUUCUGUGAUAUUUUAAUAACUAUUUAUCCGUUGGGAGGAAAUUUGAAUAGAGUAACGAUUAAUUUAAAAGCGGACGUUCCGCAAUUUGGAGUAUUAUUUAACGAAGCCAUUGUCGAAACAUCUGUAUUAGCCGGUUUAGUGAGAGCUACAGCCUUAUGCGCCAGUCGCGCCAAGAGAAUGACCUACCAAUUCUACCAGCAGUAUUACGAAGAAAGGGCGCGCUCGUUGGACACGGUGGUGACGAAGCACAAGAAACACACGACCUACGAGGAAUUCAUAUCGAAAGUGUACGCUCCGGUGUUGGCCGCGUGUCCGCUCUAUCCGGGCGGCGGAAUCGCGUCGGCGGGCAGCGCGGACGGUUCCUCGAAUUCCUCUCUAGCCGCCGUUUUGCUGGAUUCGCACGGCGGUCACGUUCCCAAAGGGCUGCAGAGGCCCGAUCAGAAAUUUAGAGCUUCGGUGAACGAAUCGACUAGGUCGGGUUGGUUUCAGAGCGGCGAUAAUCAAAUCGAAUCGAGCAUAUCACCGAGGCCGAUGAAGAGGAUUUCGACGAAUCUGCGGCCGUCGAAGAAGUACGUGAAACGGGAGGCUUCCGUCGAAUCGCCGCCGGAUAGUCCGUUGCAAAUUACGAAGCGUAAGUAAUUGGGUUGCGAUUACAUCGGUUGUACCUAUACAUAGCUUUUAUGUACGGAUAUAGUGGUAUUUUCAGGAUUUUUAGUUGUACAUUUGAUACAGGGUGUUUUGAGUAAAUUGUUUUUCGGUGGUCCUGAAAGUAUUUGGUAAUAAUUGGCGUUUAGUGAGAUUUGGAAUUUACUUAAUUCGAAACUGUAAACUUGGGUUUACUGUGUAUUUAAUUUUUUUAUUAAUACCUUGUUAAAUUUAUAUGCCACUUAACAUAUCUAAAGUAAGUUUAAAUAUAAACGAAAUCUCUAUUUUCUUACGUAAAUGUUUAUUCAAAAAUUUUCUUUUCGAUUUGUUAUUAAAAUGUAAAGGUCGAAUAAAGUUUCAUUUUAUAGUAAGAAGCAAAUUUAAAGAAAAUUAAAAUUCCUCGAAUAAAUAAGCAUCAAGUAUUUUUUUGGAAGAGGAAGUAAAGUAAAUUUACUCUAUUGCAAUAGUAAUAAAUUUUCUUUAAAAAUUUCUAAUCCACCCUGGUACAUAUAACUCUUCCAAUUUGUAACAUUCUAACAUUUAUUAAUUUUUUGUAUCUUAUAUUUAACUUAGUUAAGUUGCAAACAAAACCGAGUUUUGCUGUAGAAUAUACGUAUGUAUUUGUAAGAAAACACAAUUUGCAUUUAAUGUAUUUUAUAUCUUGUACAUGAAGGAAUUAAACGCAAAUGUAGCAAAUUAUAUUUUCUGAGCUGGGAUUUUAAUUCGAUUAAAAUUUCAAGUUGAAAACGAAAAAGUAACUCCAGUAUUAACAGUCCUUGUAUUUAUUUUAUAUUAUUUUUAGUUUAAUUAUUUUGAUUAAUUUAUUAUUUUUAGUUGUUUGUAUAGUGCAUAUAAUAUAACAGAGUAUGAAAAGCCUUGUAAAAAAUUGGUACUUUCUUGCAAUGAUUUUCAGAAUAAAAAAUUUUAUUGAAUAGACUUUCAAAUACAAAGAUUAAAUAAUCAACAAAAUAUAACUAUGUACAAAAAUAUCAGUAUAUUAUUUCGUUAUAUUUAUAUAGUUAAAUACGUUAGAAAUUUAAAAAGUAGGUACUUACGUAAGCUACAUAGAUGUUAAAAAAUCCAUUUACGAAUACGCCCUAAAGCUUGGAAUAUUAAGAAGACGGUACGGUAGUUUAAAGGUACAUUAUUUAAAAAUAUUUAGUAUACCUGCAGAACGUUUAACGAGUAGGUACGACAUGUAAUUUUACAUUUAUCAGGAUCAGUACUUUCUUUAAUCAUUCGAUAUUUUUUAUAUUUAAUCUACAUGUCUCGUAUUAACUACAAUAAUAUGGGACACGAAAAUGGUAAGAGCUUCAAAAUCGAUAUAAAAUCGCAUGAUAAUAAUAGGUUUUAUGUAAAUUGGAAAAUAUUAUUUUACUUAGCCCUAAUAAAAGUACCCCUUGAUUUUUAUAAUAAAAGGAAAACCAUUCGAUCAUUUGUUUUGUAUGGAUGUAUAUAACGAAUAAUAUAAUAUAUGUAAUUAAUAGGUUUAUACCAGCAAAAAAGCUAUUUUUAGGUCGUUUGAAUCUCGAACGGUUUCAGUAAGGACUUUGUACCACAUCACUUUCAUAUUAAACAACUAGUAAAGAACCAAAUUCAUAUCGUUUCGUAACGUUUACAAAUCGCGGAACAUUGGAAGUCGAAUUCACGAAAUUUUCUAUACCAUUCCAUUACCUCAACAUUAUACUUUCUUCGCUCCCAAUUUCAUAGGACCACCCGCUGUGGUCGCCGUCCUGCUAGCCCUUCUGGCCUCCAAUUCCUUCUGUCUCAUCAACUUCCUCUCCUCCCGCUUCUUCCUGGCCUCUUCCAAUUUGCCAUUCGUCGAACCCGGGUUCUCUUCGAGCGGCUCGAACUCGUUAUCGUCCCAGUUGUGACCGGCCUGAUUGCGCCUGUGAUUCGCCUGCGACUGUUCGCCCCACGAGCUGUUCGCCUUCUGAUCGGGCAGGAUCGGCGCCGUAUCGCCCGAAGGACUCCACGCCUCCGAAGGGGACGUCAGGUCGACAUCUUGUUCCUGCAAGAUUCAUAAUUUGCCAAUAAUUAAUAGGUCAUAGUAGGCGAUUGUUUGCA